AUGGCCAACCCGCUCAUUAGCAACCACCACGGCAAGAAUGGCAAGUACUCUCAGGCCUUCUUGGAGCAGAAUGGGCCCGGAGACGCUCGGCCCACUGCUCUUGAUAUUCUCAAGGAUAACGACCGGAUUGGUACCAUGAAGGAUAAGGUCUUUCUUCUCACUGGAUCCUCUGGUGGAAUUGGCAUCGAGACUGCUCGUGCGCUCGCCGCAACCGGAGGCAGAGUAUAUCUGGGCGUUCGUGAUUUGGAGAAGGGAAAGCAGACUCUGAAAGAGAUCCUCGAGCCCGGCCGCGUGGAGCUGCUUGAGAUGGACAUCGGUUCAAUGGAUAGCGUCCGCACAGCUGCCAAGACUUUCCUCUCCAAGUCGACCCAGCUUAAUGUCUUGAUCAACAAUGCGGGUAUCAUGGCAUGCCCCGAGACAAAGACUGCGGAUGGCUUCGAGUCGCAACUUGCAGUCAACUAUCUCGGCCACUUCCUCCUCUUCAAGCUCCUCGAGCCGACGCUCCUGUCCAGUUCGACGCCCGAAUUCCAGUCCCGCGUCGUCAAUGUCGCAUCCGCUGGCCAUCACAUGAGCUCCGUCGUGCUCGACAACAUCAACCUCGAUGGUGAGUACGAGGCGUGGAAGGCAUACGGCAAUGCCAAGACCGCUUGCAUCUGGAUGACCAACGAGAUUGAGCGCCGAUACGGCUCUAAGGGUCUACAUGGCCUCUCGCUGAUGCCUGGUGGUAUUGCCACGGGCCUACAGCGCCAUGUCGAUCCGGAAAUGUUGAAGAUGUGGGCUUCGAGUGAGCCUGCGCGGAAAUAUGGGAAAAGCCCGGCUCAGGGCGCUGCCACGACCAUGACGGCUGCAUUGGGCAAGGAAUGGGAAGGCAAGGGUGCUGUCUAUUUGGAGGACUGCCAGGAGGCUGGGCCGAUUCCUGAGGGUGGUACACUGGCGGUCGGUGUUGCACCGCAUGCCUUCGAUGCGGAGGGCGAGAAGAAGCUGUGGGCUUUGUCGGUCAAGAUGUUGAAGCUAACGGAGUAG